CGUCAGGCAGUCGUAGGUGCAUGAAACCGACGGGGGAAACAACGAAACCCUGUCCCAAUGUGAGAAGCGUUUGCUUACCUUGGAGACUCAGACACACUGCUUUCAAAACCAUGGCCGAAUGCACUACAUUAGAGAGUCUGCUUGAAAUGGGGUUCAGCAGAAACAGAGCAGAGAAGGCUGUGGCGCACACAGGAAACCAGGGAAUAGAAAGAGCAAUGGACUGGUUGAUGGAACACGAAAACGACCCAGACAUCGAUGAGCCAUACGUGCCACCGGCAGGGAAUGUUGUAGGCGGAGGAACUGAUCAGCAGAGCGCAGCACAACCACCGUUAGAACCUUCAGAACCUUCAGAAUCUACGGAGCAUGACAUUGCAAUGAUGCAAGAGGGAGAGGGAGAUGGCAAGCAAGCCAUGACAGAGGAAGAGAGGAUUGCACAGGUGAAAAGAUUGGAGGAGCUGAUGAGGGUGAAGCAGGAGGAGCGGCGCGAGAGGGAGCGCAAGGACGAGGUGGAGCGGGAGAAACAGCGCCGGAAGCAGGGCCAGGAGCUCCUGCAGAUUAAAUCCAAACUCCAGGAUGACGAAAUGAAGAAGCUGGCUGACCAGCGGAGGAAGGAGAAGAUGGAGGAUCGGCUAGCCAAGCAGCGGGUCCGAGACAAGAUAGCCCGUGAUCGAGAGGAAAGAGCUCAGAAGUUUGGCGGUGGCAAUGCUUCAGGGACGGGCAUUUCUUCUCCCCCACCUGAGGCAACCUCACCAACCCCUUCAGACAACCAGGGCCCCCCACCAGCCAAGAAGGACUACGAUGAGUGCAGGAUACAGGUGCGCAUGCUGGACGGCUCAGCACUCACAGCCACAUUCAAAGCCCAGGAGCCACUAGCAGCUGUGCGGGUCUACAUACAAAUGAACGGAGGCAGCGAUCAAGAUUUCGGCCUGCUGUCGCCAUACCCACGCCGCGUCUACACUGAGUUGGAUAUGGAGAAGCCGCUUCGGGAACUAGGUUUGGUGCCUUCUGCAGUCCUCGUUGUUACCAAGAAGUAAAGGGGUUCCAGAGACAAAACCGAUGACGCAGCUCUUCCAGAUUUUGUUUUACCACUGACAUGGAGAGUACAUCUGACUCAGCAAUGGACCUCCCCCCUCCGCCACUUUUCUUUUCUUAUUUAAUGAUUAAAUACUGGAGUUGAUCAAAACAGAGCAAGCACCUUAAGAUGAGGUACAGUUAUGAUUCUGUUACAAUUGUAAAGUAAAUAAACAAACAGCAUCCCAAGAAGUCAAAGGAUAUGACGAUGGGCUAUUUUCCAGGUGCUGUCAGGAAUAAUGAUGUUUCCGCUGCUUAUUACCCACCAUUUUGCCAUUUGAAAUAAAUCAACAAUAUUUUCCCA